AGUAUCAUCAUCAUGGUUCCAUUGUGGCUGCUGAUGCUCGCGAUUCUUUCCAUCUACCUCUGGCUGCGGCAAAGGUACAGCUACUUUGAGCGCCAUAACAUCGUCCACCUGCCCGUCGCCGCCUGGACACCGCUGGGACACCUCAGGCAGUUGCUGCUGCUGCGCAUCUCGUUCGGCGAUCUCUUCCACAAUAUCUACGCUGAUCCGCGCGGUGGUCAGGCCAAGGUAGUGGGUUUUUUCCUAUUCCAGACCCCAGCGUUGAUGGUGCGGGAUCCGGAGGUCAUACGCCUCGUGCUCAUCAAGCACUUCAACAGCUUUCUCAACCGCUAUGAGGCGGCAGAUGCUGCUGGUGAUCCGAUGGGAUCGCUGACACUGCCGCUAGCUAAGUACCACAACUGGCGGGAGAGUCGUCAGUCCAUGGCGCAGCUGUUCACCAGCGGGCGGAUGCGGGAGUCAAUGUACCCCCUGAUGAUGAGAGUGGUGACCGACCUGGAGCAAUAUCUGCACAGGAAGCUCGGAGACCGGUCCGAGCGGAUGCUACCGCUCAGUAAGAUGUGUCAGCUAUACACCACCGAUGUGACGGGAAACCUCUUCUACAGCAUGGAUGUGGGCGGACUGCGCCGCGGCAAGUCCCAGCUGCUGAAGAAGACCAAGGAGCUGUUCGACCCCGAUCCUCGGAAGGUCUUGGAUUUCAUGAGCAUCUUCUUCUUGCCCCAGUGGACCAAGCUGCUGCGGGCCAAGGUUUUCAGCAAAGAGUACGCACAGUUCAUGCGCAGCCUAGUGGGGCAUCCUCGGGAGCGGAGCAAGGGCGAUCUGAUCGAUCAGCUGCUGCACCUUCAGAGCAGUCGACCCUCCAGCCACUACGCCCAGCAUCCGGACUUCAUAGCCUCCCAGGCGAGCAUCAUUCUGCUUGCUGGCUUCGAGACUUCCUCGGCUCUGCUCGGUUUCACCCUCUACGAGCUGGCCAAGCAACCCGAUCUGCAGGAGCGUCUAAGGGAGGAGCUGGCAGAGGCAUUUUCACUGGCUCCCACCCUCACGUAUGAGACGCUGGUCACCCUGCCGUUCCUUCGGAUGGUGUGCCUGGAGGCACUUCGUCUAUAUCCAGCCGCUGCGUUCAUCAACAGGGAGUGCACCAGCCCAGAUCCCAAGGGAUUCUCACUGCAGCCACACGUGGACUUUGUGAUUCCAAACGGGAUGCCUGCAUACAUCUCCAUCCUGGGCCUGCAUCGCGAUGAAAAGUACUGGCCGAAUCCGAAUCGCUUUGAUCCCGAACGAUUUGGUCCAGAUCGGAGCAACGAUAUCGUGCCCAUGACCUAUAUACCGUUUGGAGCUGGCCCCCACGGAUGCAUCGGCAGUCGUCUGGGGUCCUUGCAGCUGAAACUGGGUCUGGCCCACAUAUUGAGGCUGUGCCGGGUGGAGGUCUGUGAGCAAACGGUGCCGCAGAUACGCUUCAAUCCGAAAACGUUCAUGCUGGAGUCCAAGGAUGAGAUCUAUUUACGAUUUUACAGGGACAAGCUAUAAAUGAACAGCAAAGUGUCACCGCCUGGCUGUGGUACUUGGGUAUGGGGAAGUGGGAAAGUA